CCAGGAGAAAGGGGCCGUGUCUGCGUCAUAGCGAGGGGGACCAAACAUUGCCUGAAUUGUUCUUUGCCUAAUGUUGAAGCCCGUGUUCAUUAUUCUUUAAAAACAGCCUCUAAUUAUUGUUGCGGUUGCUCGCUCCUACAGUCGUCGUCGCAGCUAGACUCUACUCAUUCAUACUCAUCAAGUCCGGCCCCUCCAUCAUUUCCUCGCCUUCGUCUGGCCUUGGAUCGUCUGCCCGCGUUGAACACACCUCAGCCCCAAUCGAGACCUUGCCGCGCCUCACCAUGUCGAGAACAUCAAAGGAAGCCCAGAAUGUUAACCCGCAAAUGGACCUAGAUCCUAAAUACGACGACUACGAUUUCCCUACCACUGCUCCAGAAUCACAGUCGGGCCACCCUGGCCAUACGACCAAAGAACAAGAUGCUCAAGUACACCAGCUAAGGGCCAUGUUGGAACAGGAGGGCUACACUGAAAGACUGGACACUUUGACUUUGUUGCGGUUCUUGAGAGCUCGAAAGUUCAAUGUUGAGCUUUCCAAGCAAAUGUUCAUCAAAAACGAGCAAUGGCGGAAAGAAUUUGGCGUUGAUGACUUAGUCCGCAACUUCGACUACAAGGAAAAGCCUCAAGUCUUCCAGUACUAUCCACAGUACUAUCACAAGACGGACAAGGAUGGCAGACCCGUCUACAUCGAACAAUACGGCAAGAUUGAUCUCAACGCCAUGUACAAAAUCACGACCGCCGAGCGCAUGGUUCAAAAUCUCGUUGUCGAAUACGAGAAAGUUGCCGAUCCUCGACUCCCUGCUUGCUCGCGAAAGUCGGGCAAAUUGCUCGAGACAUGUUGCACCAUCAUGGACAUGAAAGGAGUCGGCGUGUCCAAAAUUCCGUCGGUCUACGGCUACCUGAAGUCUGUCAGCGCCAUCUCUCAGGACUACUACCCUGAACGCCUGGGUAAACUAUACAUCAUCAACGCACCUUGGGGCUUCAGCAGUGUAUUUAGCUUCGUCAAGUCUUUCCUCGAUCCCAUCACCGUCGCAAAAAUCCACGUCCUCGGCUCAGGUUACCAGAGUGAGCUCUUGAGCCAGGUUCCUGCCGAGAACCUUCCAAAACAGUUUGGCGGGACUUGCGAGUGCAAAGGCGGGUGCGAAUACAGUGAUGAAGGUCCAUGGCAAGAUCCUCAGUGGGUGCGGACACCGAAAUGGGCCAAGAAGGAUCCUGUCACAGGCAAGGAUGCUGCAAACAUUGUGCAGCCGGCCCCUACUGACGGUGCGAAGGAUCCUCUCGAAGGUAAAGCACCGGCCCCAGCAACAGCCCCAGCGGAAGCUGAGAACGUGCCUGCCGAAGGAGCCAAGAUGCCAUUGGAGGCGCCUCAGCCAUAGUCUGGAAGAAGAAGGUGCAAAUUGCUCAGGUCAAGUUCUUCCAAAAGGCGCAGAGGCGGCGAGUAGUCAUGCGUGCAGACGCGAUCGACCAGAAAAGAUAGAGAGGGUUAACGAAGCAUGGUUUCGAACUGUAUCUUGCGCAUUGUGCACUAGGGGACCCUCGCACUUAUACUGUAGGAAUUUAACGCUGGCACUUUCAUAGAGUUCUCUAGCUUCACCAUAAGGUAGG